AUGAAAAGAAUCUAUCAAAAAGGUCACUAUUGUUAUUGUGGUGAAUCGGGACACACAAAGAGAAACUGUGGAAAGAGAGCUGCUGAUGAGGUGGCUGCUGCUACUGCUAAGGCUGCUGCUGCAGCUAAUGCUGCUACUACCGAGGCUGCUGCUAUCCAACCUCUAGCUGCUAAUGGUGGUGAAGCCACCCUUGUCCCAGAACCCCCACCGAAAUUCAACUUGAAGUCAGUCUUGCCUCCUCCUAUGAGGCCACCAAAACUGCCUCCCAAAAGGAAGUCAUCCAAACAAGAAAAGGCAACUCCAGGAAGCAGCUUUCAAGCAGCAACCACCCCACCUGCUGCCACCCCACCAGUAACCACUCAACCCACAACUCUUCCUCCGUCUCAUCCUAUGAAAGAAUAUUGCCCUGGCUCUUCCUUGCCUAUUUUGUACAUGUUUUCUGCAUUAAUAUAUGAUUAUGGAUUAUGA